AUGUCGGACGAUUUAGAGGUUAGAGGAGAAAAUGAGUUGGAGUUUUUCGCCAUACCCUACCAUUUUGAACCGAAGUACACAGAUGAAGAACUAACCACACUGCUGAUUUCAAACAUUCACUCUGAAGAAAGACCAAAAGCCAAAGUGAGCAUCAAACCUGAUCAACAUGUAUUCAAAGGAGAGACAGUCACUCUCAGAUGUAACAUUGAUGGUGAAGCAGCCACCAGCUGGAUGUACAGCUGGUAUAAAGACAGUUCAGUCAGUGUUUUCAGUGAACUACAGGAACACACAUUCAGGUUUGUUACUGAGUCUGAUGCAGGUAAAUACUCCUGUUAUGGAGCAGAGAGAGGAGGAUCACGAACAUCAAGCAUCAGUGAUGCCAAUACACUGACAGUAUCAGAUUUUCCUAAACCAAAACUGACUGUGCGGCCACAGAGUUCAUUGUUCACUGGAGACUCAGUUACUCUGAGAUGUGAGGUGGAUCAGUCACAGGAUGGAUGGGAGUUUCUCUGGAGUAAAAACUCAAACACUGAAUCUACUGAAGCUGCAACUAAAACAAUCAAUUCAGUGAAAGUCUCUGAUGGAGGAGAGUACAGGUGCAGAGCACAAAGAGGAGGAUAUUUCACAGAUUACAGUGAACCAGUAACAGUGACAAUAUAUGAAAGACCAAAACCCACAGUGACCAUCAAACCUGAUCGACAUGCAUUUGGAGAUACAGUCACUCUCAGAUGUGACAUAUAUGGUGAGGGAUUCACAAGUUGGCGGUACAACUGGUAUAAAGACGGUUUAGUCAGUGUUUUCAGUGAACUACAGGAACACACAUUCAGUCCUGUUACUGAGUCUGACGCAGGUAAAUACUCCUGUUAUGGAACAGAGAGAGGAGGAUCACGCUACUCACACCGCAGUGAUGCAGUUACACUGAGAGUAUCAGGUGUUUCUCCUCUAGUGUCUCUGAUCAUCAGUCCCAGUAGAACUCAACACUUCACAUCUGUCUCUCUCUCUCUGAGCUGUAAAGAUCAGAGAAACUCUGAUGGAUGGAGAGUGAGAAGAUACACAGUCAGUGGACAGGUAGAAGAUUGUUCGUCAUCACCGUGGAGAUCACAAAUAGGAUCUACAUGUACAAUCAGCUACACCAGCACAGCAGACACUGGAGUGUACUGGUGUCAGUCUGAAUCUGGAGAGAACUAUCAUCCUGUUAAUAUCUCUGUACACUCUGGUGUGAUUCUGGAGAGUCCUGUUCAUCCUGUGACUGGAGGAGAUUCUCUGACUCUGCACUGUUUAUAUCCAUAUUCAACCCCACCAAACCUCAGAGCUGAUUUCUAUAAAGAUGGAUCACUCAUCCAGAAUCAAACUACAGAGAUGAUCAUCUCUACUGUCUCAAAGUCACAUGAGGGUUUCUACUACUGCAAACACCCAGAGAGAGGAGAGACACCCAAGAGCUGGAUCUCAGUUAGAGUGUCUCAGAUCUCAGUCCUCCACACACUCAGUUCUGUACUGGCAGUUUGUCCAUAUCUGCUAGUGACAGUCGUGCUGAUCUUCAAAUGCUACAGGAUGAGAGUUGCAUCUGUUGAAGAGGAAGAAACUUCAGUCUGAUAUUAAUCUGAGAAAACUUCAGCUUUACUUCCGGAGUGACAACUGCAGUUAAAUGCUGGAAUGAAUCCUCUUACUGAUCAUUCUGUGUGCGCGCAUGAAAUACAGAAGUCAACAUGAGCAUUACCAGCCAACUUGACUUCCAUUGACCCCCCCCCCGAUAUUUAAGUACGGUAUUAUAGAGCAAACCUCUCUGUGCUUUCCCAACCUUCACUGAAU